AUGAGUCGCCGCAUAGCGACCUCGGUCACCAUCACUGACCCACUGGUCAAGUACAAUGCCCUCAUCGCCAGCAAUGUCUGUAGUCCCGAUAUCGCCCAACACCGUCUGGCCCAUCACCUGCAAAAGCUCUAUCUGCGGUUGAAGGACUACACUCCUUCUCAAGAGUACCAGUCAAGACUCCAGCAGAUCACAAAGGCCUUGGACUCGGCAAGGAAGGAGAAUGUUGAGGCCGAAGAGACCCAGCUGGCCGUCCGCGGCCAUCCCAUUAGGGGGAACCCUCUCUUUGCCAAGUUCUUUCGCAAAUCAGACGACAGAGACACUUUGGCAUUGACAAGAGUUCUUACAAGCCAUGAGGCUGCUCUGCACAUUGACUCUCCCAAGGGCCUUUUCCUGUCCGGCGAAGUCGGCACCGGCAAGUCCAUGCUGCUGGAUCUCCUAGCUGAGGGCUUACCCACUCACCGAAAGAAAAGAUGGCACUUCAACACCUUUAUGCUGUACGCCCUCUCCAGACUGGAGCAGUUCCGCAAGUCGCAUUCGCAGUUGGCUAUGGGUGACCAGGAGUAUUCCCUCCUGUGGUUGGCAAAAGAGAUGGUGGAGAAGUCUCCCAUUCUUUUCCUCGACGAGUUCCAGCUUCCCGACAGGGCAGCGAGCAAAAUCAUGAACAACCUGUUUAUCGCCUUCUUUCAGCUGGGAGGUGUCCUCAUGGCGUCUUCCAACCGGAUGCCCGAGGAGUUGGAAAGGGCUACAGGCGGGUAUUACCACCCGCCCACAACCGGUGGUUUGAUCAAGCAGGUCUUUGGCUUUGGAAAGCGCCAGGGAGAAAUGUUUGGCCAGACCAGUGACUUUGCUGCGUUCUUGGAGGUUCUCAAGGCACGAUGCGACUUUUGGCACAUGGAAGGUACCCGAGACUGGAGGAGACGGGAGAGCCAGACUGGCGAAACAGGUACAGGCGCGGUGAACAAGGUGACGGAUUCAGGGGCGACGGCCUCCUUUCAACCCGCCUUUGGGCCAUCAUCAUCAUCAUCAUCAUCCACACAGCCAUCAACAACAACUACUUCAGAGGCGACCAUGAUCGAGCAGGGUCUUCAAAAACCAUCCAUGUACUUCCUCCCCUCUGACUCCGAAGAAAGCUGGACAGCCGCCAUCAACCAAGUCAUCGGCUCAAAUGCCACCGGCCAACAGUGGUCCCCAACCAACCUCAUUGUCUACGGUCGCAAGGUGCACAUUCCGCGCUACUACAACGAUGUCACCUACUGGGACUUUUCCGAGCUGGUCUCCUCUCACGGCCCAGCUGACUACCUCACCAUGGCCUCAACUUUCCACACCUUCAUCAUCGACAAGAUCCCCGUGCUCUCUCUGGCCAUGAAGAACGAAGCCCGCCGCUUCAUCACCCUCCUCGACGCCUUGUACGAGUCCAAGUGCAAGCUCCUCAUCCGCGCCGAGGUCGGGCCUGAUGAUCUCUUCUUCCCCGAGAUGCGUCCAGUCAAACCAGUCACCACAUCAUCAACAACAACACAAAGCACGGGCAAUGGAACCGAGCAGGUAGCAGCAGUAGUAGAAGGAGACGCAACCUACUCCGAAACCAUUGCUGAAGUCUUCCAAGACUCGAUCGCACCUUUUCGUCCAAACAUUUCCGAGUAUGAUCCGGACCAGGAUUCGGAUUUCGGCAAGGAGCAGCAAGUGUCACUGACGCGCAAGGUGGACUUCAACCAGACCGUUUCGGCGUUCACGGGCCAGGACGAGCGGUUUGCGUACAAAAGAGCGACGAGCCGGUUGUGGGAGCUGUGCAGCAGGCAGUGGCAUGCUAGGACCGAUGAGGGCUGGUGGCAGCCGCUGCCCAAGGAGGCGAGGCAUUGGGAGGGGAAGGAGGUUAGCAAGCCGUUGGAAUCACCGUUGGUGAGGUUGAAUGCGGGGCCGAAGGAGAAAACGGAGAUUGUCAUGGGGGAGUCGACGGUACUGGAGGAGCCGGUGGGGUUGGAGAGAUUUAGGGUUAGGGAGAUGAAGGAGGGGAAGAGGUGA